GUAUAAAGAUGAGUUCUGUUGUUAAUGAUGUCUGGUGUCUUUUCUCUCUCUCUAUUGUAUCUUCUAUCAUCUCUCCAGACUCUGUCAGGCUGGUGAAUGGGACCAGUCUAUGCUCAGGCAGACUGGAGGUGAAGACUAACCAGUCUAUCCAGCGCUGGUCUUCAGUGUGUGAAGAUGACUUUAACCAGCAGGAUGCAGAGGUGGUCUGUAGGGAGCUUGGCUGUGGGGCUCCUUCAGUCCUCCAGGGGGCGCUCUAUGGAGAAGUGGAGCCUCCAAUGAGGACCAAAGAGUUCCAGUGUGGAGGCCAUGAGUCUGCUCUCCUGGACUGUAGAAGCUCAGGCUCAGAUAGAAACACCUGCUCACCUGGAAAAGCUGUUGGACUCACCUGCUCAGAGCCUGAUGCUGUCAGGUUGGUGGGAGGAGCCAGUCGCUGUAGAGGAACACUGGAGGUGAAACAUGAAGGAGAAUGGAGACCAGUGAGUAACUAUUACUCUGACUGGACCCUGAAGGCAGCAGCUGCUGCCUGCAGAGAGUAAGACUGUGGCUCUGCUGUUUCUGUAGUAG